CCUUCCGGUCCUUCAGUAACGAUGACCGCCAUGUCAUGGCAAAACACUCCACCAUCUACCCCUCCUCACAAGAGCUGGAAGCCGUUCAGACGCUGGUGUCCACCGUCGAGUGCGCCCUCAAACACGUCUCUGAUUGGAUGGAUCACUCCAACAGCGACGCCCACAGCCAGGUGGACAGCCAACCAGCAGACAGCACACAGGAGGACAAUCCAGGUGACAAGCCCAGCGAAGAAACGGAGGAUUCCAGUGACAGCUACAGAGAGCCCACUAAUGGUGCCGUGCUGUGUGGAGUAAUGAGGAUCGGCCUGGUGGCCAAAGGCCUCCUGAUCAAAGGAGACAUGGACCUGGAGCUGGUGCUGAUGUGCAGAGACAAACCCACACAGACACUGCUGGACACUGUCUGUCAACAUUUACCCACACAGAUAGAGAAGCUGACAGAAGAGAAAUACGAGGUCACGAGCUCCUUGCCCGAGGCGGCCAUUUUGGUACGAACUACAACCGAGCCCAAACUCACACUGACCAUCACCCUCACCUCGCCGACCAUGAGGGAUGACGAGGAGGAAGAGGAGGAGGAAGAGGAAGAGUUGGAGAAUGGGGAGGAAGGACAUGAGGAGGAAGAGGCGGAGGAGGAGAAGGAGGAAGUGGAGGAUGAAAAGGUGGAGGAGGAAGAGGAGGAGAAGAAGAACGGGCGAGUGUUGGGUGCUGCUGCGCAGAGAGUGGAGGCUGAGGAGGAGGAGGGGGAGGUGCUGGAUAGACACAGAUGUCUGUUGGCCCUGGCAGCGCUGCGACACGCCAAGUGGUUCCAGGCUCGAGUGAACGGGCUCAAGUCCUGCGUUAUCGUUCUCAGGAUACUUAGAGACAUGUGCAAUAGACACUCCAUCUGGGAACCUCUCAAGGGAUGGCCCUUAGAGCUUAUCUGCGAGAAGGCAAUCGCCACCUGCAACAGACCUCUGGGGGCCGGAGAAGCCCUGCGUCGAGUCAUGGAGUGUGUGGCCUCAGGCAUACUGCUACCAGGUGGUCCAGGUUUACACGACCCGUGUGAGAAAGAGCCAACAAACACACUAACCAACAUGACAGACCAGCAGGCUGAGGCCAUUACCUCCCGUGCACAGCAUGCCCUGAGACUCAUGGCAUUCGGACAGAUCUACAAGGUGUUGGAAAUGGACCCUCUUCCCUCAAAUAAACCAUCACAUAAAUACCCUUGGUCAGACAAAGAAGGUUUAGGUCUGAAAAGGCCGUAUGAGGAUGGAGCGAUGGAUGACAAAGACCUCAUCAAGAAGAUGAAGAGGAAUCUAAGAAAAGUCCUAGACAGUAAAGCCAUAGACUCCAACCAGCCUAUGAACGCCCUGAUGCGGUUGAACCAGAUCCGGCCGGGGCUGCAGUACCGCCUGCUGUCCCAGUCGGGCCCGGUUCACGCUCCAGUCUUCACCAUGUCCGUGGACCUCGAUGGAACCAUUUACGAAGCCUCUGGAUCCUCCAAGAAGACCGCCAAGCUGCACGUUGCUGUCAAGGUUCUCCAGGCGAUGGGCUACCCAACAGGGUUCGACUCAGACCUGGACCCC